CUCUCUCUCUCUCUCUCUCUGUCUCUCUCUCUCUCUGUCUCUCUCUCUCUCUGUCUGUCUGUCUCUCUCACACACACGGUGAUCUGCAGACCGGUGGGUAACACACCACCUCACCUCUUGCUCGCCGGUCUGCUUUCGACUCUGGAACCAACACAACCAAUACUUUGAUUAAGCGGGUCGUUGUUUUACAGCCACAAGUGGCCCAUCAACAUGGUGUGGAUGCUUCAACACACCCUCACACUUUUACUAACUGUGCAGGUCAUAUACUCAACUCUGAUUCCUGUGAGGGCCGAGGAGGAGACCAGAGAGUGCAGAGAACAGGAGUACAAGGACCGGUUUGGAAACUGUAAACCCUGCAAGCAGUGUGAUGCAGGACAGGAGCUUUCAAAGGAAUGUGGCUUUGGUUAUGGAGAGGAUGCCCGGUGUGUGCCCUGCCGGAGCAGCCGCUUCAAAGAGGACCGGAGCCUGCAGAAGUGCAAGCCCUGCUUGGACUGUGGAUUCAUCAACCGCUUCCAGAAGGGCAACUGCUCCACAACCAGCAACGCAGUGUGUGGCGACUGUCUGCCGGGAUAUUACAGGAAGACUAAAUUAAGUGGUUUCCAGGACAUGGAGUGUAUACCCUGUGGGGACCCUCCACCUCCUUAUGAGCCUCACUGCAGUGGGCGAGUAAACCUGGUGCCGCUUCCCUCGGUGGUGACCAGCCCGCAGGACAUGGCCCUGGCCGCAGUCAUCUGCAGCGCUCUGGCCACCGUGCUGCUUGCCCUGCUGGUCCUGUGUGUCAUCUACUGCAAGAGACAGCUGCUAGAGAAGAAGCCCAGCGCAGCCUCUCUGAGAUCCCAGGACUGUCCGUAUAGCGGAGCAGAGCUGUCCUGCUUGGACCCCCGCUGGCUUCACGACUUUCCCCAUAGACACUGCUGCCAGUGUCACCUGGGCCCCGGACAUUCCUGCGGUCCAGUCCACCUUAUCCCAUCGCUGUGCUGUGAUGAGAGGUGCAGUCUGGGCCGCAGCCAUGACAACAGUCCCUUCCAGUCCCAGACGAGCCUCAGUGACGGGAACCUGGAUGAGGAGAGCACACCUGUGCAGCAGGGGGGACACCCAGAGUUUGACACCGUGGAGGCUGGUGGGAUGACGGGGAGCUGGGAGCCUGCAGAGUGUUUGCCUCAGUGCAACUCAGAAUGUACAGAAAGAAUGGAGGAGGAUUGUGAGGGUGACAGGGAAGAAGAAGGGUGCAGGUCAGGGGAGAGUUCACCUGAGAGGAGCAGGCAGAUCCACAGUGAAGCUGUGACAGAAGUACUUCAUCCCAAACAGCUCACGUCAACACAGUUAGGAUGACAUGGACUUGUUUGGCUCGUGUUCCACCCUUGAACCAGCCUGGACUCAACAACAGCCGCAGCCAGAUCCCGUUUCAGAUUACUCACCCCUGCCAUUCCCCCUACCACUCCCCCACACACACACUUUUAACUGCCUGCAGCUGACCUCAGAGCCACUGCUCAAAGAAAGAAUCUGAACGAGUAUGUUCAUACAUGUAAACAAUAGCACUGUGGAGAAUACUCAAAGCAUGAGGGCAAAUGCAUGCACGCACACAAGCACACAUACACAGAAUGUGAACUCUCUGGCCCAGAAGGUGAAAUUGAAGUUCAAUCGUCGAGGAGUGUUGACUUAUGAACACGGAGCAAAGAUCCUGUACUCUGCCUUGAAAACGUCUCGCAUCUUCACAUGUAGGACGGAAACUGUACCGCUGAGUUAGCAGCAGGUGUUAUGAAGCUUUUUGUACGUAAAAGGUAAAAAUUUGAGGUGUGAAAAGUGUAAAAAGUGAUUAUGUCACACAUUGAAGACAAUCUUGAUACGGGACGAGUAAAGAACAGGAAUGUUUGAGUGAUAAAUAUGUUGUAGAUACUGUACAAUAGUAAAUAGGUCAAUAUUUUUGUAACAUAGACAUGACUGACAGUAUGUUUGCUUCUCUUACAGUUAUAAUGUUGAUGGAUGUGAACACUCACUUCCACGUGUCAUUUUUGUAAAUAAACCAUUUGAACAGUUUA